GAAUGUCCAUGAUUCACAAAUUGACAUUCGUUCAACUAUAAUGUUUAAAAACUAGAAAAUGAAACAAUAUUUCCGCCUAAAACAUACAACAGACACGCAGCUGGUGUGGAGGGCGGAGUGUUUGGAAAGUGCUGCUCGGAUUGGGGCGCUCAACAGGGGGAAGAGAGAUGGCGUGCUUGUUGGAGGCCCCUCUCCGCAUCAGCGUGUUAUCUGAGGUCACAGCCACCAGUCGCCAUUAUGUUGACAGGCUUUUUGACCCCGACCCACAGAAAGUGCUGCAGGGAGUCAUUGACAUGAAGAAUGCUGUCAUCGGGAACAACAAACAGAAAGCCAACCUUAUUGUCCUGGGAGCUGUCCCCAGGUUACUGUACCUGCUUCAGCAGGGUUCGUCCAGCUCAGAGCUGAGGACAGAAUGUGCGGUUGUGUUAGGCAGUCUGGCCAUGGGAACAGAGAACAACAUCAAGUCCCUGGUGGACUGUCACAUCAUCCCUGCCCUUCUCCAAGGUCUCUUGUGUCCAGACCUGAUCUUCAUUGAGGCUUGUCUACGCUGCCUCAGAACAGUCUUCAUCAGUCCUGUCACUCCAGUACAGCUGCUCUACACUGACCCCACUGUGAUCCCUCACCUCAUGUCCCUGUUGAGUCGGUCCCAGCGGACACAGGAAUACAUCACACAGAUCUUCUCCCACUGCUGCAAGACUCCAGAGCACCAGACGGUUCUGUUCAACCAUGGGGCUAUCCAGAACAUCGCUCCCCUGCUCAUCUCUCCCUCCUAUAAGGUACGGAUGCAGGCGUUAAAAUGCUUCUCGGUUCUGGCCUACGAGAACACUCAGGUCUCCAUGACACUAGUUAAUGUGCUGGUGGACGGGGAGCUGCUCGCUCAGGUAUUUGUCAGGAUGAUGCAACGCGAUCAGCCCGUCGAAAUGCAGCUGACAGCCGCCAAGUGUCUGACGUACAUGUGUCGAGCUGGAGCCGUCCGAACUGACGACGGCUGCAUUGUCUUAAAGACCCUGCCCUGCCUGGUGAGAAUGUGCAGCAAGGAGCGGUUGUUGGAGGAGCGCGUGGAGGGGGCCGAGACCCUGGCCUACCUCAUGGAGCCUGACGUGGAGCUGCAGAGGAUCGCCAGCGUCACGGACCACCUGGUGGCCAUGCUGGCCGACUACUUCAAGUACCCCAGCUCCGUCAGCGCCAUCACCGACAUCAAGAGGUUGGAUCACGACCUGAAACACGCCCACGAGCUGAGGCAGGCCGCUUUCAGACUGUACGCCUCGCUGGGCUCCAACGACGAAGACAUCCGCAAGAAGAUCACGGAGACGGAGAACAUGAUGGACAGGAUAGUCAGCGGCCUGUCCGAGUCCAGCAUCAAGGUGCGGCUGGCAGCCGUCAGGUGUCUUCACAGCCUCUCCCGGUCCGUCCAGCAGCUGAGGACUAGUUUCCACGACCACGCGGUAUGGAAGCCCUUAAUGAAGUUAUUACAGAACGCUCCAGACGAGGUGUUGGUCAUGGCCUCGUCAACACUAUGCAACCUGCUGCUGGAGUUCUCCCCCAGCAAAGAGCCCAUCCUGGAGUCUGGGGUGAUCGAGUUACUAUGCAGCCUGACCCAGAGUGACAGUCCAGCCCUGAGGGUUAAUGGGAUCUGGGCUCUUAUGAAUAUGGCGUUCCAGGCAGACCAGAAGGUGAAGGGUGAAAUUGUGAGAGCGUUGGGGACGGAGCAGCUCUUCCGUCUGCUCUCUGAUCCUGACACUAAUGUUCUGAUGAAGACCCUGGGGCUGCUACGGAACCUGCUCUCCACGAGACCUCAUAUAGACCAGAUCAUGAGUUCCCAUGGGAAGCAGAUCCUGCAGGCCGUCACUCUGAUCCUGGAAGGAGACCACAGCAUUGAGGUCAAGGAGCAGACACUCUGCAUUCUAGCCAACAUCGCCGACGGCAACACAGCCAAGGAACUCCUCAUGACCAACGAUGACAUUCUGCAGAAAAUCAAAUAUUACAUGGGUCACUCUAACGUGAAGCUCCAGCUGGCUGCCACGUUCUGCAUCUCCAACCUAAUCUGGAACGAGGAGGACGGUGAGGCCGAUGCCAUGACAGGUUCCCAAGAACGCCAGGACAAGUUGAGGGAGUUGGGCUUUGUGGAUAUCCUGCACAAACUCACCCAGGCUUCGGAUCCCAACCUCUGUGACAGGGCAAAGACAGCGAUGCAGCAGUAUCUGGCGUGACCCCACCGCAGCGGAGUUGAUGUUGUUGCUAACAACACAACUACCUGUUGACUGCCAGGAGGACAUCUGCCUGCCGCCAUCCUUCUCCUUUAGUUUAACCUUCACCCUUUCCUUUUGUUGCACAAAGACACCUUUUGAAUGGAAGCGGCGGGCCCAAACCGGGCCCAGUGACUAGAGGUUGGACGGGAAACCGGCACUUGCUGCACACCAAUGGUUAUGGGAGGCUGAGUUAGGAUCCAUUCAUUUCCAAUGCCAAGGUGGGCGGUGAUUUAGGUUUUGUUUCUGGGAUUUGAUGUGAAUGACGAGGAUUAUCAGCAGCCACCUUGUGGACAGGAGGCCUUGGUGCUUUUGGACUCCCUACUGAGUAGACUGAACAGAGACUUCACGGAGCACAAAGGACAAAGAGCUCGCCAAGAGGGCGGGGUUGUGGGAGCAUUGCUUCCUUUUGGUUUUAUUUGUCUAAUUAUGAAUUAUUGGUAUUAUGAUUAUUGUUAUUUUUAAGAGGGCGUUUGUCAUGAGAGGAUGCAAGACUGGUCAUUUAGACGUUUUGGUGUUUUUUUUUUUUUUUUGUGGCUACAUACCUCGUAAAUAUAUAUAAAUAUAAACAUAUAAAUAUAUUUUUGGGAUUUUUCCCUUUCCUCAGUUUUUUUGCUCCGUCUAAUCCUUGGUCUCUUGUUCAGUGUGGUUUGUUAUGACGUCAACAGAGGAUCUAUGACAGGAUUCUGUGGUCAUUUUGAAGAAGACGGACUGGAAAUACGGGCUGAUUUCACAGACCCAAAUUGAGUUUAGACCUGGACUAAAAAGCACUUUCAAUGGAGAAUCUCCAUUGAGCAAAACAUUAGUCCAGGACCAGGUUUGAUCGGGGUUAGGAAACUGGCCUUAACGGGGUACUAAUACUUCCAGUUCAUGUCCCUGACAGUCUGGUUUGUUAACCUUCCAGUAGGUAUUACCAUGGAUCCUUGACAUAGGAUAAAAUGCAAAAUGUUAUUAAGCCAUUUGAUUUGUAACACCAGAAUUUUCUAGACUUUUCCCUGAAAUGUCAAACCUUAUUGAGGCUCUGAUGUUACCACUGAAAUAUAUGCAGACCUGAAAGAUGGAUUUCAUCAGUUAGUACUGUGUUUUUGUUGGGCAACGUGUUGAGGUGUGAAGAAACAGGCCAGGUAUUGAUCAAUGUGGGGAACGUUAGUAGCCUGAAAAGGCGUUGCAUAUGUUGUCCCACGUGGUUUGAAUCAACUUGGAAUUGGAAGGUAGCAUACCUUUGAACAUGACACCACUCAUCACAGACUAUAAUUCAGGUCCAAAGCAUCACAGGAGCCUGGCUCGUAUAAAAAAAAAACAACACUUUGUUUAUUCUUGUAUUUCUGGUAAAGUUGGUAACAGUUAAUAAAAUACAUCUGAAGCCUG